GUUGGACAGGCAACAGAUGCCGCACCGAGAAAUAAUCCUUUAAUACCCCUAGGACUCAGGAGAGGGUAACUACACUCAACUCACAAUACAGACUUAAGUGAAGCCCCUCACGCUACUCAUCCGUGUAUCCGGCGGUGUCCAGCGUGUCGCGGUUUCUUGGGAAACAUUUCACCAUUACGCACAAAACGGCGCUUAAAGAACGGUGUUGUUGCUGCAUUUAACGGCAUCCGCGGAUACAUCCACCUCUUUCAGAGGUAAACUCGGUCUCAUGGCAUAAUGUCUCAUUUACUGGAGCCAGUUGAACGAUAAUCUGAUCUGGUGGUUACAACCGGGGGAUAACACAGUGGACCGCUUUAACCACCAUGCCGCCCAAGAAAAAGGGAGAGCGUCAUGACUCGGACGUCGUCGAGGAAAGAAACGCCCAGGUGCAGCUGGACAAGGCCAAGUACAAGCCUGUGGCAUUCGCAGUACGUUGCAACUUCUCUUAUACGCCAGCAGACGAUGACAACGUUCCCGUACCGGGCCAGGCCGUCACCUUUGAGGCCAGAGACUUCCUCCAUGUCAAAGAGAAAUUUAACAAUGAGUGGUGGAUCGGACGGCCGGUGAAGGAGGAUGGUGUGGUGGGCUUCAUUCCUAGUCCAGUAAAUCUGGAAACCAUUCUCAUCAAAAGAGAAGUCCAGGCGAGGAAAGCUGCCAAGGCCUUAGCCAACAAAGCAGCGUCUCAAGUAGCUCAAGAUAUGAACUCAAAGAAAUAUACUCCUCCAUCACAAGCCAAUCAGCAGGUGAAAAAGAAACCGGGGGAGCAGGUGGCUAUGUAUGAUGUAGUGCCUACAAUGCGUCCUGUGGUUCUAAUGGGACCAUCACUAAAGGGUUUAGAGGUUACAGAUAUGAUGCAAAAAGCACUAUUUGACUAUUUAAAACAUCGAUUUGAAGGCAGAAUUACUAUUACACGGGUAACAGCAGACAUCUCUCUGGCUAAACGGUCCAUCCUCAACAACCCUGGCAAAAAGGCCUUAAUGGACCGGUCAAACACCCGCUCCAAUUUAGAUGCUGCCGCCCAGAUCCAAGGGGAGGUGGAGCGUAUCUUUGAGCUCGCCCGCAGCAUGCAGCUGGUGAUUCUAGAUGCAGACACAAUCAACCACCCGCUCCAGGUGUCCAAGACCUCCCUGGCACCCAUCCUUGUCUAUGUCAAGAUCUCCUCACCAAAGGUGUUGACGAGACUGAUCAAGACUAGAGGGAAGUCACAGACCAAGCAUCUUAAUGUUCAGAUGGUGGCCGCAGACAAGCUCGCCCAAUGCCCGACGGAAAUGUUUGACGUCAUCUUAGAUGAGAACCAGCUAACUGAUGCCUGUGAGCACAUUGCUGAUUAUCUGGAGUCUUACUGGAGAGCCACUCAUCCACCAGAGAUGGAGCCUCCCAAUGCAAUGGUGGCCCAGCUGGCCGAGAAUACACUGCCCACCAGUCCUUCAGCAAUACCGUUGAAGAAAUGAGAUAGGUCUACUCUGGAUGGGCAGAAAAACAAGAAGUCAGCUGCCCCCAAGAGGAAGGGUUCCCGAGAGAACCAUUUAGACCAGGAGCAACCUUUAGCCCCAGCACAGGAGCAGAGGGCUGAGGAGGGCCAAAAAGAGGAGGAAGAGCAGCUACUGAGGACUGAAUCAAAGAGACC